UUUUACACAUAUGAUCAAGUUACCUGCACAUGCGCAACAUUAGACAAAAAUAAAUAAAAAAAUUGUAACAAAGUGAUAAAAUUUUGAAAAAAAUGUAUCAAAUGACGAAAUUACCCUUUUUGUUAGUUAUAAUUUUAUCGACAUUGGUGACACUGAACGAGGGAUCUUGGUCCGAUCCGGUAUCGAAGCAGUAUCACAUCCAAACAGACGAAGGACCCGAACGCUAUUUCAAGUAUCAGACGGAUAAUGGGCAGUACAGAAAGGAGAAACGAUUGCAGGAUGGCACCGUUAUCGGAGUCGACGCCUGGAUCGAUGCUGCUGGAUACUUGCGACAAAAGGAUUACAUCGCAGACAAUCAAGGAUAUCGGAUUCUGAAGUCAAAGACCGUUUUUGUUGGAAAAGGAAUGCCCAUUGAUGAGGCAAUGAAAUCCACAAAACAUUCGCCAUCAUCAUCCCCGAACGCCAUUCCUCAUGCCAUCAAAUCCGUGACACCGCAACCGAUUGCCAUUGUCUCAUCCACGCCGUCUCCCAUCGCUGUAACUGCUUCUCCUGCCCCAUCGCCUGUCGCCAUCACAACUUACCGUCCUGCUUUUUACUCCACAACAUCAACUUCUUCCCCUGUGACAUGCGCCCAUUGCCGUUAUCCUUCCGCGCCUCAUCCAAUUGUCAAAAAUGUCUUCAUUCGCCCGCAUUCCGAGCCCUUGUACGAUCACUAUAUCGCUCCGUACGACUUGAACAACGAUCUUUUGGAGGCUUCUCGUUCGGAUUUCUCAACUUCGAAGCCUUCUUUGGUGUUCGAAUUGCCUCUUGGGGACUCGCCGACGUCAUCGACGCCUCAUACGCCCAUCGCCAAAUACACCGACAAGCAAUUUGCGACAACAAUUAAGCCUGUGGGACACAUUGAGAGUACCACGUAUCGCCCAACUUACGUUUCCUCGAUCGCCGAUAGUUACAGACCCAUUUCCGCGUCGACAGCUCGUCCUUUGGUAGGCAGUGAAAGUGUCUCCCGGCCUUUUUAUAGCAACGAUUAUAAAUAUUACGCGGCGAAUUACGACAAAAACGGGCUUGGAAGCGGUUAUAAGCCUUACGAUGGAGUCAGUUUGACGAAAGAUGACGGUUUCAAGUAUUACCUGCCGCGUCAUUAUCACGAAGAGGAAGGCUCGGAUGGCGUGCGUGACGGAAGUUUUGGUUAUAUUGACCCCUUUGGCAUCCGCCGCGUCGUUUAUUACAACGUACGACCCGGAACUGGAUUUGUUCAUCGCAAAAAUAACAGAUUUGUUGGCUUCAAUGCGACGCCAUACGAUCCAAGGCCAUCGAUUCACAAGAAAAAAUGAAACUUUUGUCUUUAAUUCCUACAAUUUUUCUCACAUACAAAUAAUUCCGCAUUAAUUUUCGAUGUAAAUAUGCAAAAAAGCAACGAACCCACGUUUUCUCAGAUUAAAUCUUGGCGGCACAUGAACUUUUUUUUUAUUAGAAUUAGUCAUGCCACGAAAAAAAUUUAAAAAAAUUUGUUUUUUUGGUCAUUCAAAAAAUAAAUAAUUAUGAGUUAAGCCCAGAAAAUGACAAAAAUUUGCAAAUAAUCAUAGGAAUUAUCUAAUAAGAAUGCAACCUUGCUCUCCUACACUCGACAUUGUUGUCCGGAACUUAAAAAAAUAUAAAUUGUUGUUGUUCACAAUUAGCUCCAUUCAAACAACAAGACACUCGAUCGGAGUUGAAGACGAUAAUUAAAGGCAUUUAAAGGUGUCUCGAUGAUUUUUUUUUAUUGAGACAAGAUUUUUUUUUUAUUAAGAAGAACAAUUGCAGGGUUAAUUGUCCGUGUCAUUUGAACACUUUGCGGCGAUUAUUUGUCUGCAGUUAAAAAAUCGAUUUGUGCAGAAACGACCUUGAUCGUGAACUUUAAUGACGUGAGAGGAGUGA